AUGUUUUUAGCUUGGAAACUAGUUCCGAAGAUAGUAGGAGGAACGGAGGCUGCUGAAGGAGAAUUCCCAUACCUGGCUUCAUUGAGAGUAUACGAUUACCGAAAUGUGUUGACCCAUUUUUGUGGAAGCUCUAUCAUCUCCCAUUGGUUCGUGUUGACUGCAGCCCAUUGCAUGCUAGACUAUCCCAAAGACAGAAUAGAAGUAGUGGUCGGUACAAACGACUUUUGGAGUGGCGGUGCCAAAUACAAAAUUGAUAAAUACAUCAAUCAUGAAAACUACAACAAAACCUCAUUUGCGAACGACAUAAGCCUAAUUCUAGUCAACAGACAAAUUCAGUUGGGGGAGAAAGGUGAUUCUGGAGGUGCGCUUGUCUUUAAUGGAACUGUACAUGGAAUAACAUCCUGGAACAUUCCAUGUGGUAAAGGGAAGCCAGACGUAUUCACUAGGGUUUAUAAGUACGUGAAUUGGAUUUCUACGACUGUUGGAAAACUUCCAAUACCUACCUAA